AUGGCAGACAAACAAAGAGACUGGAGACGGGAAGAGAACGAUGAGGACGAGGAGGGCGAGCAGGAGCUUGAUGAAUCUAGCUUCAAGGCACAGAAAGACGCCGUAUUGCUGGCCAUUGAAGUCAGCCCAUCAAUGCUUGAGCCUCCUCCGGCCUCUAGCUCUAAGAAAGCUGAACAAGACAGCCCGCUUCAAGCUGCCCUGAAAUGCGCCCAUCAUCUGAUGGAGCAGCGCAUCAUUUCCAACCCCAAAGACAUGAUGGGCAUUCUUCUGUUUGGAACGGAAAAGACCAAAUUCCGGGAUGAUAAAGAUGGCCGCGGCGGCCUUGGCUAUCCGAAUUGCUACCUCUUCACAGAUCUUGAUGUUCCUGCUGCCGAUGAUGUCAAGGCCCUGAGGGCGCUGGUCGAAGAGGAAGAAGACGAAGAUGAAGUGCUGAAGCCAGCUACUACUGACGUGGUUUCCAUGUCAAAUGUUCUCUUUUGCGCCAAUCAGAUAUUUACGACAAAGGCAGCCAAUUUUGGUAGCCGGCGACUGUUCAUCGUAACUGAUAACGACGACCCACACGCAUCAGACAAGGCGGCGAGAUCCGCUGCUGCUGUUCGAGCAAAAGAUUUAUACGACUUGGGGAUUACAAUUGAUCUAUUCCCAAUUGCCAAAGGAGAGUCAAGUUUUGACCUUGGCAAGUUUUAUGACGAUAUUGUUUACCGUGAUGUGAAUGCCGAAGCCAAUGGGACUGAGGUUCGCACUUCCAAGUCUGGCGAUGGGCUGUCUCUUCUAAAUUCCUUGAUUUCCAAUAUCAACUCUAAGCAAUCGCCCAAAAGAGCUCUUUUUCAUCUGCCCUUUGAGAUUGCCCCAGGGCUGCGGAUAACUGUCAAGGGAUACAAUGUUGUGAGCCGGCAGACUCCGGCGAGAACGUGUUAUAUCUGGCUUGACGGAGAAAAAGCCCAAAUCGUAACAGGCGAGACAACACGGGUUGCAGAGGACAGCGCGAGAACCGUCGAGAAACAAGAGAUCAAGAAGGCCUACAAAUUUGGCGGCGAAUAUGUAUACUUUACACCCGAAGAGCAAAAAAGCAUCCGAGACUACGGCCCCCCAGUCAUUCGAAUUAUCGGAUUCAAAAAUCGCAACUUGAUUCCCGCCUGGGCAAGUGUUAAGAAAUCCACCUUCAUCUUCCCGAGUGAAGAAGACUACAUCGGGUCGUCACGCGUAUUUUCGGCCCUCUGGCAGAAGUUGCUGGACAGUGAGAAGAUAGGCAUCGCCUGGUGCGUGCUGCGGUCAAACUCACAACCAGUGCUUGCCGCUGUUAUUCCAUCAAGAGAACAAUCUGAUGAGGCCUCUGGCACUCCAUAUCUGCCAGCCGGACUUUGGAUCUGUCCGCUCCCUACCGCGGACGAUUUACGAGACAUUAGUGCCGAGCGGGGGCUUGACUGCUCUGAGGAUCUUAAGACCAAAAUGAGGGUGGUUGUACAGCAGCUCAAUCUUCCCAAAGGAGUGUACAACCCGCUGAAAUACCCCAACCCAGCUUUACAGUGGCAUUAUAAAAUUCUUCAGACGCUCGCUCUGGAUGAAGAGGUGCCGGAAAAGCCCGAAGACUUGACUGAGCCCAAAAACAAAGCCAUCAACAAGCGUGCUGGCGGCUAUUUGGAGGACUGGGCCGAGACACUCAAGGAUGAAGCCGAUAGAGCCGCGAGAUCCCGGUCGUUGAAGCGAGAAGUAGAAGAUGACGGUGUGUCAGAGCGCCCCGCGAAGCAGAGAAAGGCGGCUGCAGAGCGGCCCAGCGGAUCGACGUUUAGCAUGGCGCAAUUGAAGGCCGCAGUUGAGAGCGAAGGCCUAUCGAAAAUGACAGUGGCGCAGCUGAAGGACGUAGCAGGUGCCAAGGGCCUCAGCACGAGCGGUAAAAAGGCCGAUCUUGUGGAGAGGAUCGAGCAGUGGGUAGAGGAGAAUAGCUAA